AUGGAGGAAAACUGUUUAACAGAACAAACUUUUAUGGUGUGGUCUGUCAUGUUGGAAGAUAUUUGUGAAGCCAAAGGCUUUGAUCUUGAAGAGGUGCAGUUGGAACUGACUAGCUGUGGUCUGCCUGGCUCCAUACACGUGACUGUACCGCAGUACAGAACGUUUUUCGAUACUUACAGAUCCAAAAAUGCAAUGAUUAAUGAGAAGGGACAUAAAUAAAUUUCCUAUCUGAAGAGAGUGCCGUUAGAAAUUAUACUUAACUAGCUACUUCC